AUGACGAACGAAAAGUCCAAUCUUCAAGGGGCACUUCUGCCCACAGAUGAACAAACCAUAGUCAACAAUCAAUCAUCUAAUAGCCUAGAUACUCGUCGUAAAGCUAAUGGACGGAUUGCUAAAGCAGUGAUUACCAUCUUUGCUAUUGUUUGUUACAUCGGUUUCUAUUGCUUUAAGAGUGGCACUCCGCUGCUGGCGUCAGGCCCUAGUGUGAGCGUGUCUCGUGCUACUGAAUGUCCUGAUGUUGAGAAAAUUAUACCAUCAGAUCAGUUUGCUUCACCCGAACAGUUCUUCACAGAUGACUACAAGAACUUCUCUAUUCAUGCUUGGGCUGGUGCCAUUAAAUAUCCUACUGUAGGUUAUGAUGACUUGAAAGAUAUUGGAGAAGAUGAUCGAUGGCUUCCAUUUGGCGAUUUGCAACAAUUUCUCAAGGAAACAUUUCCCUUGACAUUCAGUAAGCUUGAAGUCGAACAUGUCAACACUUAUGGUUUACUGCUUACACUUCAUGGAAAGGACACUAGCUUAAAGCCAGUUCUUCUCAUGGCUCAUCAAGAUGUUGUCCCAGUACCAGACGGAACCUUGGCGGACUGGACUUAUCCUCCUUUCAGUGGUCAUUUUGACGGAGAGUUCGUAUGGGGAAGAGGUAGUAGUGACGACAAGAAUAGUCUUAUUGGAAUUCUUGAAGGUAUUGAAGCUCUUCUCAAACAGGGAUAUGCUCCUGAUAGAGGAGUUAUCUUAUCUUUUGGCUUUGAUGAAGAGGUCAGUGGCUGGAGGGGUGCUAAGAACAUUGCCAGUCAUCUUGAAAACAAGCUCGGAAAAGAUUCUAUUUACAUGAUUAUCGAUGAAGGUGGUGGUGGAGUUCAGAAUGUCCAUGGUGGAUGGUUUGGUUUGCUCGGUACGGGUGAAAAGGGUUAUCUAGAUGUCCGGGUGGCUAUUACUACAAGUGGUGGCCAUAGCUCUAUUCCUCCUGACCAUACAUCUAUUGGUAUCAUUUCAAGAUUCAUCACAGAACUCGAAGAUAAUCCUUAUGAACCAGAUAUCACGCGUGCCAACCCAUUCUAUUACAACUUGCAAUGUUUUGCAGAGAAGGCCCCUGAGAUUGAUGCGCAAUUCAAGGCAGACAUUCAAAACAUUGAAAAAUGCCCAGCUGCUAAAAAACGAGUUAUUGACAUAGUUGAGCAGGAUUUCCUGACUAAAUAUGUCAUUAGAACUAGUCAAGCUGCCGAUGUCAUCAAUGGGGGUAUUAAGAUCAAUGCUUUGCCAGAACAAGUCUCAGUAGACUUGAACCAUCGUAUUGCCAUUGAAUCAUCUGUUGAUUUUGUCAAGGAGAACAUUGUGUCAAAGAUCACCGCUCUUGCCAAAAGAUUUGAGUUCAAUGUUAAAGCAUUUGGCGAGAAUAUCCUUGACAAUGCAAAUUCCAAGGGGUUAUUUGAGGUGACUUCUUUGUCUGAGCUUUCCCCAGCUCCGGUAACUCCCAUUAGCAACAAUCCCACCUGGGAUCUACUUGGAGGCACUGUUAGACAAGUCUUUGAAGAUGUCAAUGGCGGCAUUGUUGACUCGCCAAUCGCCAUUACUCCUAGUAUCAUGACAGCUAACACCGACACCCGCCAUUACUGGAACUUGACUAAGAACAUCUACCGCUUCACACCAAUCGCGAACCCCUUUGACUAUAACAUCCACACGGUUGACGAGCACACAAGCGUGGACGGUCAUCUCAAGGCAGUUGCUUUCUACUAUAACUUCCUCCGCAAUGUGGACACGUUCAAUUGA